GCCCCAAUGGUCCCUAUUUUGCACUUCUCUCUCUAAUUGCUCUCGAACUAUCUCAGGGCUUCUCUCUUGAUUUCAAUCUCCCUCGAGGUUCAUAAAAAUGUUAUUUCAAGAUCCAAUCUCAAAAGAACAGCCAGUUGCCAGUCUACCAAGUAGCAAUAACAGUGACGGCCUUGAUGAUGGUGAUGUUCGAGUUACUUGCUUCAGUGAAGCCAUAAAUGAUGUCCCCCUCCAUUUUCAGAUAAUUUGUCUCUCCAAACAGAUAUAUGCAUGGAUUGGUUACAACUCUGCAAAAUUUGGAAAUUUGUAUGCAGCUGCCCCCACACGGCCUAACAAUACAGUGAGUGUUACUUCCAUACUUGGAGGUUCAUCUGAUAAUACAGGAUCGAGCAUGGCUCGUCGAUUAGUGUUAAAGACCGGUCUAAAUAUAAUCUUGGCUAGCAAUAUUCCGAAGAACAGCCCCAUGAUCGAGGUAGCUGCUGAAAAGAUGUUGGUACAAAAGCUGGUCAGUUUAGGGUACGUUAGACCUAAAUCAGAAGGGCCAUCUACAUAAUUGGUACCCAAAUAUUAGUCUUCAGACGUUUCUGAGUACUCUUUCACUUCAUUUCUUUUUCCAUUCCAUAACUGUACGUUAGAAAUUCCGCUCUUAACAUUAUGCUCGUUGCCUAUCUCGUUAAUCUUAGAGAGGCUUCGCCCACACCCAAAGUCAGCUCUAGAAGAUAACAAGGGUUUUAAGGUAUUAAGUUUUCAACUUUCGAACUCGAACUUGAGGCUUCAAACUAGGAUUUUAGAGAAGAGGAGGAUAUCUCCAAACAUUCCAAAUCCUUACUAUCAUGGAUACUCCUUGAGGGUUCUCUUUUACUUCAUCUUGCUUACAAGAUACUAAUUGAGAAUAUUAUUGAUGUUUUGUUAUUAUAUAAACCAAUAGUUGAAUAGGGAAUGAAGGUGUAUACAUUGUACAUUUUCCUCUAAUUUCCAAUUGGAAGUAGUACUUCGAGGAUGAAAUAUAAUACAAGGGUGAGGAAUUACGUUCAAUUUCCA